AUGAAACCUCACCAGUGUCCAGUGUGUGAGAAAACAUUCAAUCAUCUUGGAGACAUGAAGAAGCAUGUGACAGUGCAUACAGGUGAAAAACCUCACCAAUGUCCAGAGUGUGGGAAAAGUUUCAGUCGCCUUGGAAAUAUGAAGAAACAUAUGAUGGAGCAUACUGAGGAAAGACCUCACCAAUGUACGGAGUGUGGGAAGACAUUUACUCAUCAUGGAGACAUGAAGAAGCACUUAAUCAUGCAUACAGGUGAAAAACCUCACGAGUGUCCAGAGUGUGGAAAAAAAUUCAGUCGUCAUGGAGACAUGAAAAAACAUGUUAUGGUGCAUACUGGGGAGAAACCUCAUGAGUGUCCAGAGUGUGGGAAAAGAUUCACCCGCCCUGAAAAUAUGAAGACACACAGGAUGGUGCAUACGGGGGAGAAGGCUCAUGAGUGUCCAGAGUGUGGGAAAAGAUUCAUUUGCCUUCGAGAUAUGAAAACACAUAGGAUGAUGCAUACUGGGGAGAAGCCUCACAAGUGUACAGUGUGUGACAAAACAUUCCGUCUUUAUGGUAACAUGAGGAUACACAUGUUAGUGCAUUCAGCUGGAUCAACAUCUCCACGGAAGUACCCCUACUCAACUGAAGAUUUCCUUUUGGAUACUACCUCCAACGAUGGCACCACCAUGACAACACGUAGCCAGACCAACGGACGGGCCAGGAGGCCAAGGAAGAAGAAGAAGACCGACGAUCCGAGCCUGAAAAAAUCAUCAAGAAAAUUAAGACCAAUGACGAAAUGUAAUAGCGAGGAACUCCACCAGAUCCGCGACGAGAACCCCGGCCUCCUGCAAGACCCAUCAGCGAGCAACCAUGUGAAUUCCACCCUACCACCAACCCUCAGUUUGCUCAUGCGUAUUGGAUUAGAGGUAUCUAAAGUUCAUGACGUCUACAAAUUUGAUAAGGAGACCUACCUUAAAGACUUGAUUGAAACCAAUGUUCGUGAACGUGCCACUACCAAAUCUCGCGAAGGGGAAUUAGGCUUGCUCAAGUCAGAAAUAGGGUCUAAGAUCAUUAAUAAAUUAAAUGCUCUAAGACCUAAACGUACCCUUUCACCACUGAAGAUGGAGAUCACACGUGCAAAUGCCAGGGAGUACCCUACCACCUCUAAGAGAAAGUUUGUUUGA